GACAUAACGGCUCCAUCUUGGCCCCGGUGCCUCCCCCCGGCUCGGAGCAGAUCAUGGCGCUGAGGGCACGAGCCAUCUAUGACUUUCGAGCGGAGAACCCGGGGGAGGUGUCGCUGCGGGAGUCCGAGGUGCUGAGUCUGUGCAGCGAGCAGGACAUAGAGGGCUGGUUGGAAGGGGUGAACAGCCGGGGGGAGCGCGGACUCUUUCCUGCCUCUUACGUGGAAGUUGUUCGCGGGGAACCCGCCGCUCCGCCGCCUCCUCCUCCGGCGCUGGGAGAUUCUCGUUACGCCAAUUUGCCCACGGGAGGCUACGAACCGGCCCAGCCCUUCCAGAGCGUCGCUGCCCCGCACUUGGGCCUCGCCUUCCAGCCCCGGGCGCCCUCCCUCGGUUACCAGACCAGCCAGCCCAGCGACGACGACUGGGACGACGAAUGGGACGACAGUAGCUCCACUGCGACCGAGGAACCGGCUGGUCCGACGUGUGGCACUUACUCGGGCGGUUACCAUGACUACGAAGGCUCCGGCAGCAGCAGAUUCCGCUUAUCCACCCGCUCCGACCUGCCGCCCGGCCCUUACUCCACCUCCGCCUCCUCACAAGCCCCGGGCAAAGGCUCCGCCACGGUCAGCCGCAACCUCAACCGCUUCUCGGCCUUCGUGAAGAGCGGCGGGGAGGCUUUCGUGCUGGGGGAGGCGGCGGGGUUCGUGCGUGACGGGGACAAACUGUGUCUGGUGCAGGGGCCUGACGGGCCGGAGUGGCAGGAGAAUCCCUACCCGUUCCGCUGUAACAUAGACGAGCCCACCAAGCAGACCAAGUUCAAGGGCAUAAAGAGUUACAUCUCGUACCGACUCCUCCCCAGUCACACGGGGCUGCAGGUUCACCGCCGCUACAAACACUUCGACUGGCUCUACGCGCGUCUCCUCUACAAGUUCCCCGUCGUGUCGGUGCCGCGCAUCCCGGAGAAACAAGCCACGGGGAGGUUCGAGGAGGAUUUUAUCUCCAAGCGCAGGAAGGGGCUGGUGUGGUGGAUGGAUCACAUGUGCAGUCACCCGGUGCUGGCGCGAUGCGACGCCUUCCAGCACUUCCUCACCUGCACCGACGACAAGGCCUGGAAACAGGGGAAGAGAAAGUGCGAGAGGGACGACUUGGUGGGGGCCAACUUCUUCCUCACCCUCAGCCUCUCCCCGGGCUCCCCUGUCCUCGACCCGCACGAUGUGGACGGCCGGCUGGACGGGUUCAAAGCGUUCACUAAGCGCAUGGAUGAGGGGGUCCUGCUGCUCAGUCAGACCGCGGGCGAGUUCGCGCGCAAACAGGCGUCCGGCUUCAAGAAGGAGUAUCAGAAGGUGGGACUGGCUGUCAGGGGGCUCGGCCAGGCCUUUGAGAUGGACCACAUGGCUUUCUCCGCCGGACUCAACCGGGCAAUGGCCUUUACCGGGGAAGCCUACGAGGCUAUCGGGGAGAUGUUCGCUGAGCAGCCCCGGCAGGACUUGGACCCCAUUAUGGACUUGUUGGCUGUUUACCAGGGACACCUCGCCAACUUCCCCGACAUCAUCCACGUGCAGAGAGGGUCUCUGACCAAAGUGCGAGAGAGUAAGAAACAAGUUGAAGAAGGCAAGUUGGAGCUGCAGAAGGCCAGUGAAAUCCAGGAGCGAUGUAACGUCAUUUCCUACGCCACGCUGGCAGAGAUCCACCAUUUCCACAAGAUCCGCGUCAGAGACUUUAAGUCACAAAUGCAACAUUUCUUACAGCAACAGAUCUGCUUCUUUCAAAAAGUGACUCUAAAAUUGGAGGAGGCGCUACAGAAAUAUGACGUGGCCUAGUGACUCUCUGGGCUCUGAACUCUCCUAAUUAUGGGGGAUUGCUCAAACCCAGGGUGGGGGUUGCAGUCACCCCUAAAGUAUGAGAGAAGAACCUGUUGCCAAUAAUUGGCGGUUUGGUACACGAAUGGUCGUACAUUUAUUUUUAUGUUAUACUGUGAUAACGGAAAGAUGGAACCAUCAUGUAUAGUUCCAUAAAACAGGCAACAUAGCACAUUUGUAUUUAAAUAAUGCUAUUCCUAUCUAUACCUACACUACUCUUGUACCUGUCCCGAGGAGCCACGUAUGCAGCAUUGCCUUACCCACGAACUAUAUAUAUCUAUAUCUCUCUAUUUAUAUAGAUAUUAUGGUGCAUACUUGGGCUGGACUGUGAUUAACAACUUAAGCUUUAUUUUAUACUCUUACACAUGGAUUUAACAAGUCCUCCGUUUACAGAACUUCUACUUGAGCAACUAUUCAACUUUUGUGCCUUCCUGAGUAUUUUUUUUUUUUUUUUAGCAAUAAAUUCAUAUUUUAUCAGU